UCACCCAUGCGGAGCACCCAAAAAUGCUCAACAAUCUGGUGUGGCUGUGGUAUGAGAUGGUGGUGGCCUGGAGCUUGAAUAAAAAGGUUAGAAGACUAGUAAGGGAACCACAGCUAAGAGCAAAGUAAGGAAGAUAAUAAGGAAAAAAAUGAUGGCUGCUCUGCCCAGUGCUGUUUUUCCAAAGAGCCCAGAUUCUACCGUGAGUGAAACAGAUACGGGCAGCUGGUAUGUGGGAAAAAAAUGUUGUGGCUUGGGAAAGAAGGGAGGAUAAAGUAUUUCUCAUGGGUGCAUCCUCUGAUUCAUUAAGGCAUCUUAGUUCACGAGACCAUGCCUCCUGGUUCCUUCCUUAGAAGAUCACAUGAAAAUGAGCAGAGAGUGGGUCAUCAGGAGAGGGCUCUCCAGGAAGAAGAAAGCUCCUUUGAUGGAGGCCUGUGGGCAGUGAGUGGUGUUGGGCAAGCAUGCCCACACACACCCGCCUGGGUGACCUCCACAUAUAUACAGCGUCUCCCUGGCCCUCCCUAGGAGUCCUGAAAGAGCAGCCUCCAGUCCAGCUCUGCAGGAACCCCAGCUGGGGCCACAGGUGUGCAGGCCCACUCCUCCCAGGUUCUUUCUCUCCCAUCCUGCUUCUUGCUGCUGGAUGCAGGAUGCCAUCCUCUCCCUGUGCGAUGGCAUGCUCACGGACCUGCUCCCGCAUCCUGGGGCUGAGCCUGGGGGCUACAGCCCUGUUUGCUGCUGCAACCAACACAGCGCUCCUCUUUCCUAACUGGGAUGUGACCUACCUGCUAAGGGGCCUCAUUGGGAGGCAAGCCAUGCUGGGCUCUGGACUCUGGGGAGGUGGCCUCAUGGUACUCACUGCAGCUAUCCUCAUCUCCUUGAUGGGCUGGAGACGUGGCUGCUUCAGUAAGAGUGGGCCUUGCCAAAGCAUGCUUACUGCUCUGUUGUCAAGUGGCCUGGCUUUGUUUGGAGCCUUGAUUUGCUUUAUCACUUCUGGAGUAGCCCUGAAAGAUGGUCCUUUUUGCAUGUUCCACGUCUCAUCCUUCAAUCAGACCCAGACUUGGAAAUAUGGUUACCCAUUCAAAGACCUGCAUAACAGGAAUUAUUUGUAUGACCAUUCCCUCUGGAACUCUGUCUGCCUGGAGCCUUCUAAAGCUGUCAUUUGGCAUGUGGGCUUCUUCUCCGUCCUUCUGUGUAUCAGCCUCCUCCAGAUCCUCCUGGUGGCCAUUCAUUUCAUCAACAGCUUCCUGGGCUUUUUCUGCAGCCUCUGUGAGAAGUGACAGGGUAUUUGUCUGAAGCAAACAAAAACACUAAUUCAAAAAGAUAUCUGACAAAUAAAUUCUGGAGAGGUUGUGGAGAAAAGGGACCCUCCUACACUGUUGGUGGGACUAUUAAAUUGGUGCAACCACUAUGGAAAACAGUAUGGAGGUACCUCAGAAAACUAAAUAUAGAACAACCCAUGUGAUCCAGCAAUCUCACUUCCAGGCAUAUAUCCGAACUAAACUUUUAUUCAAAAAGAUAUAUGCACCCCUAUAUUCAUUGCAGCACUAUUCGCAAUCGCCAAGACAUGGAAACAACUUAAAUGUCCAUCGACAGAUGAAUGGAUUAAGAAGAGGUGGUGUAUAUACACAAUGGAAUACUACUUGGCCAUAAAAAGACCAAAAUAAUGCCAUUUGCAGCAAUAUGGAUGGAAUUAGAGAUUCUCAUAGUAAGUGAAGUAAGUCAGAAAGAGAAGGACAAAUACCAUAUGCUAUCACUUAUAUGUGGAAUCUAAAAUAUGGCACAAAUGAACCUAUCUACAGAACAGAAACAAACUCAUGGACUUGGAGAAUAGACUUGUGGUUGCCAAGGGGGAGAGGGAGAGAGUGGGACACACUGGGAGUCUGCGAUUAGUAGAUGCAAACUAUUGUAUUUGGACUGGAUAAGCAAUGAGGUCCUGCUAUAUAGCACAGGGAAUUAUAUCCAAUCACUUGUGAUGGAACAUGAUGAAAGUUAAUAUGAGAAAAAGAAUGUAUUUAUAUGUAUACAUAUAUAUGUAACUGGGUCACUUUGCUGUACAGCAGAAAUUGCAAAACAUUGUAAAUAAACUAUAAUAAAACAUUAAAAAUAAAUAUAUAAAACGUAAAAAA